AUGGCAAGUCAUACAGUAAAUAGCAAAAAUUAUAAUAUGAAACUUAUUGAUACACUUUAUAAUCAGGUUCCUGCCUUUACUGAUGUAUUUGAUGAAGAAACUUGGUAUAUUUUUGUCGCCUGCUUUGUAGCAGGUACAUUUUUAGUUGCAUUUAUUCUCUCAAGAUUCAUUACAUUAAAACCUGUGGAAUAA